UGGAGCUCCAGUUUGCCACUGCAGUUUGCCACGCCGUUGUGAAACGCGCAGGCCCGCAACAUGGCGGGCCAAUUCUAUGGAGCCGAGAAGUUCAAUCCGCGGCUGAUUACCACACAGAUUCUGGUGAUGCAGAGCAGCUUCUGGCUUUGUUUCUGCAGUUGCGUUUCCGUGGGCGAUCUUUUCUUCGGGGAAGAGCAAGGUGCAGGACAGCUCUUCCAACCGGAGGCUUAUACCUGGAGAACAACUCGAGGCUUGAUUCUAGCUUGCGCUCUAUGGCUGACUUCCUUUGUGAUGGCAGUAGAACUGCGCUUCGUGGUGCAACGAGCUAAGAAAUGCUUAGACUUUGUGGCAACUUAUCACAUCUUUCAUUUGAUGGCCACCUGCUUAGCAGAAGGAUUCCCGGCCUUCUGGCAAUGGUGGAUCAUUCAAGUACCCGCCAUGCUCAUCUCGGUGCUGCUGGGUGAAUUCAUGUGCAUGCGAGCUGAGACACAAGAUAUCUCACUGGGCAGUAAGGGAGGCAGCAAAAAGCCCUCCAAACCGACCUUUGAUGAGAUUUGAAGAUGAAAAAAAGGCAGGCAAUCUCACUUACGACACCUUCCUUGUCUAGAAAGAUGAACGAGGCUGGGAGAAAUGAGGAGGUACAGUUUACGUUUGAC